CCUCGCCGUUGAAGAUCGUCCGAGGAAAAUCUGACGCGCCCCGUCUUCCAGAUGGAAUCGUCGCCUCAAGAGAGACCCGUGAUCAGUGAAGAGUGACUCGUUGGACACACACACACACACACGCCUGCAUAAUGUCGCGUCUUCUCGCGAAGAUCGUCCGUAGCUUAGCGCCGAAAAUUCAGCGUCCUUAGAAGAUUACAUAGGAUCUGUAACACGUUGUAGCCUCCCCUCCUCGAAUCGCGCACACCCGAAGUUCACUGUUCGAAGAUUCAAUAAUUGUAAUAGCAUGCCAUAUAUAUGUUUAACGUCCGACAGUUUAUCGGGCAUUAAUAAAAUUGUAGACGCCGUUAACACUUUGUGCCUAUCCAACUGUUGCAGAAUAGAAAGUACAUAUUAUCCAUAUUAGCCGAUGACGUAACAAUAAAAUUAUGCAUAAUCAAUCACUACGAGACAUGGUCGUUUGUUGCUUCCAUGCCCAGCAAUUUUCGAUACGACGCCCGAAGCGGGCGCACGCCGUCUUCCACAUGAAGAUUGAUUUUUAAAUGAACGAUCUCUUUUUUAUAUAACGAUCUUUUGUGACGUUUACUCGAUGAUUCUCGAAAAAUCUGUAAAUAGCCAGUUAAAACUUGCGCAGUAUUUUUUUACGCAUUUUAAAAUCUUUAUUCUUAUUCGCGGCAUGUACCGUUUCUAAUUCUCUUUUCGGCGUCGUCCUAUGCCGAAGAACUGUACAUUCUUCGUACCGCUACCACGUACACCGGAUACGAACAUGCUCAAUUAUCCGGUAUUUCUGAAGUCACCGAUACCACCGAUACCACCGAUCGAUCUCAGCAUGAAUCGAUCUUGCUUCGAAAUCCAAAGCGGCAUUCUCCCCUGCCAUUCAAAGGUGGCGCCCACCACACCUACAUCCAUGGAAAUGUCUGCGAUGGAAAUGUCCGCGAUGGAAAUGUCCGCGAUGGAAAUGUCCGCGAUGGAAAUGUCCGCGAUGGAAAUGUCCAGACCUAUGGAAAUGUCAUCGAUGCAAAAAUUCUACCCGCCGCAGAACUACAAGCAAUUCACGUGCUCAGAUUGCAGAAAGGGCUUGUCCUGCGCUUACGCUUUGAACCGUCAUAAGAAAACCGUUUGCGGGAAGACUCGCAAUCCCGACGGCAAAUGGAAAUGCGAAACCUGCAACAGAUCAUACGACUCGAAAGGCAGUCUGUCGCGUCACCUUAGAAACGAAUGCAACGUGCCUUCUAAGUUCGGCUGCAUCUUCUGCCACAGGCGCUUUACUCAGUAUUCGAGCUUGAGAAGACACGAGAAAAAGUUUCAUACAGAGGAGUGCAAAAAAAUACAAGAGGCCGAUGCUGCUCAAUACGAGCUAGGCAACCAUCUCAGGAGGCAUAAUCUGGAACCGAAGAAUUCCGCAUUUCCGAAUUGCACUUAUUAUCGAAAGCGACGUCGAUCGGAGUCAACAUCAGAUCAGAAUAACGAUAAUCCACGCGUGAGUGAUGAUACGUCCGCUAGAAGUGACACUGCGAUUUUUUCCUUGCCACAAACAAACAUACAGCCCGAUCGGAAAAAACGACGAAUUACGAUAAACAGUUAACACUCUCAUGACGGUUUAAGUGGUUUUUGUCGAAGGGUUCGCUUUGAAGAGACUUUCUCGUAAAUAAUAAUUCGCGGAAAAUGUCAAGUGCAAAAGGUCAAUCAUUGUUCAAAAGAAGAAAAGUGCUACUUUAAAAUAAGUAAUAGUUCCUUGGAAAAAAAAAGAAUUCUAUCCAUAAAACGAGCCUUAAGAUUGAUUAGGAAUUGAUUUUUGUUGUUAUUUGGGACAUAAGUGUGAUGUCUAAACAAUUCUAAGAAACAAAGAGGUUCCUCAUGAAGAAAGUUCUGUUACAUAAAUGUCUCGUGUGUUUAUUGGUAAGAACAUUUGUCUCGAAUUAUCACAUCUGAACGAUUUCGGUGUGUGUUAGUUUUUAAUGAAAGCUAAAAGCGUUUGCACUCAAAUUUUUAAGAAUACUCUUUUUAUUAGGAACAAGAGUUCAGACAUCGGAUCAAAAGAAAAGAAAAUAUGCGCAAUGCGAAAACUUAGGCUACAAAUUAUUGCGUUUAUAAUUGUGGAAAACAAACAUGUGUGUGUACUUUGAAUGUGUGCUCAAUUUUUAUAUGAAAUGCAUACGUUACAUUCAUCAGCAAUAACUAUUGCGCCAAAAAUACAGUUUUCAUAAUAUUUAUAAUAUAUAUACAUAUAUAUAUAUUUGUGCUUAUUGCGGAUUUAUUGCAGAUAAAUUUAAUAUAUUAAAUUUAUAUUCUAAAUUUUAUUGACGUUAAUUUUAUUCUACAUUGCAUGACGUAGAAUUGGAGAAACAAUAAUUGGAAAGUAGAAAAGAUGAUGUGUAACUAUGUUUCUUGACUAGCGUUUUGCUUUUUUUGCUUUGCUUGAUUACUUUUUUUCGUAAUUAAUUAUAAAUAUGUUAAUGAUUAAUUAUGAUAAAAUAUUCUUUAAACAUAUUGCAUACCCGAGAAAAAAUGGUAUAAUAUGAUCAAAUGUAAAUAUAC